CUAUUUUUCUUUUCUUUCUAUCCAAGGCUAAUCUCAAUACACACUAUGAGCAAACGACUACGCCUAAAAGCUCUCUUUUCCCGUAAAGCAAAACAAGAACUAGAAGACGGGCAAGUCGAAAAAGAGAUACAGAGAACAGAGUCUACGUCUUCCUAUAUGCAAAAAAGACGCAGAAUAUAUGUCAAUAUGAAGCCACCACCUUCCGAAUAUGACGAGAAAGGAAGAUUAAUUGAUCAUUCUUAUCAACUUCGUAAUAUCGCCAAUCUUUAUUUCUUAUUUCUCAUCAUUCUUCAAUGCAUUCCUAUAUUUGGUGUAGCGGAGCCAGCCGUUUCUGCACUGCCGAUCAUCGCGAUUUUAAUUAUCACUGGUAUCAAGGACGCUAUUGAAGACGCCAAACGAAACAAAAGCGACCAACGCGUGAAUAGAGCCAAGACACUGACACUGGUUCAUUGGACCAAUGUGAAUGUACCUCAAGAACAAAAAAGUAAAUUCCAUGUGUUACAUGUUAUCUGGGGAUUCUUUUGUACACUAGCGGGUGUGGAUAAUCAAUUUACGCAUGCCUAUCGUAUGUUCCUUGUGAAGGACAAGCCAAUUCAAAAAGUCGAUUUAGAUUUUGAUGAACCAUUGAAUCAAGUAGACGAUGAACCUGUUGUUGUUCAAUCACCCAUAGAAGAGCAUGUGAAUGUGCCUCAAUCACCAGCAGUCAAAUUCUAUGAUAAAGUGAGGCAGCGCUCAGAUACCCUUCGUUCAGAAUUCAGCAAUAUGUUCAAGCCGGGAUCUACUAAAAAAAAGAUUUAUCGACCAGGCACCAUUCCACACUCUGUAUUACACCGUGCGCCCACACGAACAAGCGGGCGCCGAUCUUCCUCUAUUCAUCCAGGGAAAACCAAUUGUUCCGACCUAUCGGCCGGAGAUCCUCCAGCACCUGAUUGUAAGGUAGGAUGGCAACAAGUUCAAUGGCAGGACGUUCAAGUAGGUGACUAUGUCAUGAUUCGAAACGAUGAAGAUGUACCUGCAGAUAUUAUUAUCUUGUCCACAUCUGAAAAAGAUAAUCUGUGCUAUGUUGAAACACAAAAUUUGGAUGGUGAAACCAACCUUAAAGUACGACAAGGACUAAAGGCUACAGGGGAAUUGCGUACAGUGCAUGAUUGUGAGCGCGCUUAUUUCUAUUUUGAAAGCGAGCCACCCAAUGUCAAUCUGUAUCAGUACAAUGGUGUCAUGCGUUGGGAUAUUGAGCAACCUGAUGAAGAAGCAACGACAGUUUCGCACCAAAAGACAGAAGCAGUAACUUACAACAAUUUGUUAUUAAGAGGCUGUGUGUUAAGAAACACACGAUGGGCCAUUGGUAUUAUUGUAUUCACAGGUGAUGAGACAAAAAUCAUGUUGAAUUCUGGCAGAACCCCGUCUAAAAGAAGUAAAAUGUCCAAAUCUACCAAUCCAUUUAUCUUUGCUAAUUUCUGUGUUUUGGCCAUUUUGUGUAUUGUCAGUUCUGCUUUGGCAAGUGCUGAGUUUAAUGCGCCUGGUUCAUCUCGCUAUUUUGAUUUUGGAAUUGAGGGAAACAGUGCCUCUUAUCUUGGGUUUAUUACAUUUUGGGUCACAUUGAUCUUGUAUCAAAAUAUUGUGCCUAUUUCUUUGUAUAUUUCUGUCGAAAUUGUAAAGACAGUAUCUGCCUAUUUCCUCUAUGCAGAUUUAGACAUGUAUUAUGCACCAACAGACACACCUUGUAUUCCAAAAACAUGGAAUAUCUCUGACGAUCUCGGUCAGAUUGAAUAUAUUUUCUCAGACAAGACAGGCACACUCACUCAAAAUGUGAUGGAAUCAAGAAAAGCAACUAUCAAUGGUAGUUCCUAUGGUGUCGGAAAGACAGAGGCAUCUGUAGGUGCAGAAUUGCGUCGCGGAUCUUAUGUAUCAGAAAAAGAACUCAAUCAAGAACAUCAACAUAUGGAUCAAGCCAGAGAAAUCAUGUAUCAAAAACAAGCACAACUGUUUGAGAACAAGUAUAUAGGCAACAAUCCUACUUUUGUGGACCCUAAAUUAUAUGAUGACCUUGAAAAGAAUGACAAUCAUGCUGCAACCAUGGCUCACUUCUUUACGACAUUAGCACUCUGUCAUACGGUGAUUGCUGACCGACCUGAUAAAACCAACCGUCAUUUGAUUGAAUACAAGGCACAAUCACCUGAUGAAGCUGCUCUUGUUGCAUCAGCUCGCGAUUUAGGUUUUGUGUUUCUAGGAAGAGAGUCCAACACCUUAACAGUCGAGAUUAUGGGCGAACGAAAAAAGUACGAAUUGUAUAAUGUGUUGGAAUUUAAUUCGACUCGAAAGCGAAUGAGUGUGAUCGUCAAACCGCACGAUAGUGACAAGAUCGUCUUGUUGUGCAAAGGUGCUGAUUCUGUCAUUUAUGAACGCCUUUGUACUGAUUUUGGAGAUCAACAUGAGCUGGCCGAAUCUCAAGAAGAUUUAAGAGAAACAACCUUACAGCACUUGGAAGAUUUUGCAAAUGAGGGACUUCGUACACUCUGUUUAUCUUAUCGAUUUAUUUCACAACAAGAAUACAAAGCAUGGAACAAACAGUUUCAAGAAGCAAGCGCUGCUAUCUAUAACCGUGAUGAAAAGAUUGAUAGUGUAUGUGAGGAAAUCGAGACUCAAAUGUUAUUGAUGGGAGGUACAGCUAUUGAAGAUCGCCUUCAGGAUGGUGUGCCAGAGACCAUUGCUGAAUUAUCUCAAUCGGGUAUUAAACUCUGGGUACUCACAGGCGACAAGACAGAAACAGCUAUCAAUAUCGGGUUUUCUUGUAAUUUGAUUACUUUGGACAUGGAGUUAGUAGUUGUUAGAGCAGAUGAUCGGGAUAGUACACUUGCCGAAUUAGAGAAAGCAUUGAACAAAAUAGAUCAAGUCAACGGAGAAAGGAAAUGUGCUUUGGUGAUUGAUGGUGUUACGCUUAAAUAUGCUUUAGAGCCGCAGACAAAAGACUUAAUGCUUGAUCUAGGCAUACGUUGUGCUAGUGUCAUUUGUUGCCGUGUAAGUCCUAAACAAAAAGCACAGGUAGUUCGAUUAGUUAAGAAAGGUCUUGGCGUCAUGACAUUGGCUAUUGGUGAUGGUGCAAAUGAUGUCUCUAUGAUUCAAGAAGCCAAUAUAGGUGUUGGUAUUUCGGGCGUAGAAGGCAGACAGGCCGUGAUGGCAUCCGAUUAUGCAAUUGCACAAUUUAGAUUUCUGCAAAAACUAUUGCUUGUUUAUGGCCGAUGGUCUUAUCUUCGCAUUGCUGAAAUGAUUAUGGGCUUCUUUUUUAAGAACAUUAUAUGGACGUUUGUGUUGUUUUGGUACCAAAUCUUUUGUCAAUUUAAUGGCUCUAUGAUGUUUGAAUAUGUGCUCGUAACACUCUACAAUGUCGUCUUCACUUCUUUACCCAUAAUCUUUAUGGGUAUUUGGGAUCAAGACCUGAAUUCAAAAAUAUCUAGUCUCUACCCUGAAUUAUAUCGCAUGGGACUUCGUAACGACAAGUUCAAACCAUGGCGAUUCUACCUUACUGUAUUUGAUGCUAUCUUUCAAUCCUCUGUCUGUUUUUUCUUUCCUUAUAUUCUCUUACUAGGAGGCCCUAUUGAUCCCCAAGGAAGAGAUCAAAACGGCAUGUAUGAAUUUGGCACCAUCGUUUCUAGUAUUGUGGUGAUCGUAGCCAAUCUUUUUGUCAUGACAUCACUCUAUAGCUUCACAUGGAUCCAAAUCUUGGUGAUUUCAUUGUCUAUCUUGGUCUAUUAUGCCAUUGUGUGCAUUUAUGCCCAGUUCAACUCUUUUAUUUUUGCUGGCCAUGAUAUCUUGUUUGGUACUGGCUUUUAUUGGAUGAUUUUGAUUUUGACUAUCUGUACAUGUUACAUUCCUCGUAUCGCUGCUAAACACUAUUUGCAUCAAUAUCAUCCAUACGAUAAUGAUAUUGUACGUGAAAGAGAACUCGUCUUGCAUAAUGGAAGGACAUCUCAAGCCAUCACGAAAGGAAGUAGUCUAGAGACCAAAACAGAACAAGAAGAUGCACCAAAAGCAUCCAAUACUAUUGUGGAGACGGAUCCAGAACCAAAAGUGACUCGUAGAAGACCUUCUUCUAUCAAUGAUACUAUUUUAGAAGCUUAAAAAUAACGCAUAGACCCUUUAUUGUGAUACAUAUUCUAUUUGUACUUGUAAUUAUUUAAAUGUAUUUAGAAUAAAAGUUUACAU